GCAGAAGAUGCUUCGAGUCAAAGACGAGGAGAUGAAACGGAGCAGCAGGGGGCGGUGCCUAACGAGGAAAGGGGUGGGGCAUUAUACAGAGGAGGAGGAGGAUGAUGAUGAGGAGGAGGAUGACGAUGAUGAUGACGUGGCCUUCAGUGAGAGCGAGCUGGAGCUUUACGAGCAGUACAAAGCUGCCGGAUACAGAGACCUGAUGUGGCACAGCGAGGAUGAGGAGGAGGAGCAGUCGGAGUCUCUGAGGAAGAAGGCGGUGAAGGUGAAACACGUGAAGAGACAGGAGAAGAAGCCGGAGAAGAAGGUGGAGAAGAAGCCGGAGAAGAAGGUGGAGAAGAAGGUGGAGAAGAAG